AUGACAUAUUCAUGCUCAUCGAAUUCAACAUGUGGUUGUUCAUUAGAUUCAGCUAUUGUAACGAAAAUAAUUGGUGGUGAAGAGGCUAUGAAGAAUAGUUGGGGUUGGGCGGUUUCUAUACGGAUACACAAUAAUCAUAUAUGUGGUGGAUCAUUGAUAUCAUCUGAAUUAGUUUUAACAGCUGCACAUUGUAUUGUUUUAGUAAAGACAAUAUCAAGUCUUAGUGUUACGGCUGGUUCAAAAUAUUUGUCAAUGAUAAAUCAACAACGAUCGGUUUCACAAGCUUUUAUUCCUUUUAAUUAUGACUCAACGACCUAUACGAAUGAUAUAGCUAUCAUUCUUUUAUCAUCACCAUUCGAUAUGAAUGAUCGUUCGUUGGCAUUUAUUUGUCUACCACCAUCAAUAGAAAAUUAUCCACCGGAUGAUAUGACAGUUAUUGCUAUUGGUUGGGGUGUUUUGUCAACAACAGAAAAAACUUCAUCAGAUACUCUUCAACAAGUAACCUUGAAAACUAUUUCGAAUGGAAUAUCAGCUUGUCACAUAUCCGUUUAUAAUGAAAAUGUUCAAAUUUGUGCUGGUGUUCAAGGCGGUGGAAAAGGCAUGAAAAAGGAAAAAAUAUUGAUUUUUAUAUUAGAUAACAUUUGUUGUUUUCAAUUAGAUACAUGCCGUGGUGACAGUGGAGGUCCGUUGAUGAUGUUUUCUAAUCAACGCUGGUAUAUCGUUGGUAUUACAAGUUAUGGUAAUGGAUGUGCGUCACCUUAUUACCCGGGCAUUUAUACACGAGCAUCAGUCUACAGAAAAGAUAUAGGUUGUUUUUUAAAAAAUGAAACAUCCUGUAUAAAAAAAAAAUUUCUUGUUAGAAACUCGGUUUCAUCUUGUUCUAUGAAUUAUCUAUUAAUUAGCUUAUUCUUCAUUCUAAUCAAGAUUAUAAACUACCAAUGA